AUGCGAGAUGCAGCUCGCACAGCAUGUGUGCCUCAGAGCUUUCUACAUUUCUGGAGGUGCUUCCCCAAGCUGGUAUUCAAUCCGGAAACUUUGGCCGCAGGCAGACAACCAUUUGUUCGGGGUGGAGAUAGAGGCAAGUAUGUUUUCAGCAAAGAACAAGAGGUGCUUGAGAACCACUCAGGCAUUGGAGUGAAGACGCUCAAGCUUCACCUCUCCGCCUGUUGCAAGAAAGACAUCGACACCAGCCUUCUGGAUGGCUGUCUCCAAGCCUUUGUGAAGCCCGGAAUCGUCGACCUCGCCGUGUUGCUGCCUGAUUGCUAUGCAUCUGAAUACAGCUUUCCCUACUCGCUUCUGUUAAAUGAUGAUGUGGCCAACAGCAGAUCGACCUCAGUUCUUAAGUCUCUUUACCUCAGCUCAUGUGGCUUCCACACCCACAGACGGCCCAAGGGUGCUUGCUUGCUCUUGGAGCUUAUCGAGACUGCGAUUGUGCAAGAGUGGCUGGAUCUCUCCAACUGUGACAUGAUAACCUCCCUGAAGAUACCCCAUGUUCUACGGAAGCUAAAAACAGUGUGGGUGAGAAUGUGCAGAGAGCUGGUGGUGAUCGAAAGCCAUGCUCUGAAGCUCUCCACCUUUAGCUACGAAGGACGGCAGUUGUCGAGAUUCACACUCGGAGACUCAUUGGAGAUGGAGGAGUUGGACAUGCACGCCGCACACAUGCAGGACAUGCUCCAGUAUGCAGGCAACAAUUUGCCAUCCGUUGCAACAAACCUUGAAACGCUUGUGCUGUCAACAGUUCAUGAGAAGCUGAAGGCACCUGCGACGACUGACACAUUUAAGCACCUCAAGCAUCUCGUUAUCUGCCUUGGUGAAUGUGGUGAAUUUUGCACAGGCUAUGACUUCCUAUGUCUGGCUUCUUUUCUUGAUGUUAAUGGCUUGCCCAUUACAAACAGUGAUGGUGGCCUUGUAAACCUAAGGAAGGCGACCAUCACAGGCUUCUGCUCUGCCAAGAGCCUUGUCGAGCUAACAUACCACAUCCUCGAGCAGGCGGCAUCCUCGUUGCAAUGCCUCAUCUUGGAUACCUCCCCCGUCUACGACAGAAAGUCGUCCACCUCCGACAGGUUCUUGCCGACGUGUAUGGAAGCUCUCCGGGAUGCUGAGAAGGCGCUCGCUGAUGUAAGGCGAUAUGUCGAGCCAAAGGUCCCUGAUGGUGUUGAGCUGAAGGUUCUUGCGCCCUGCAGCCGGUGCCAUUACAUGGAUGCCAAAGCUAUGGAGGAGGCAGAACCGAAAACUGGACAGAGGUUUUUGCAGCGUCAAGAAGAUGGCAGCAUUGCCUUGGUUUUUGUUCAGCCAAGGAGCAAAUAUGCCGAGUUAAACACUACGUAUGUUUGA